AUGGCCGAAACUUUCAUAGCUGAUUUCCCGGCCAACUAUACAAACGCCCUCGUGGUUGGUACUAAUAUUUGUGGUACAUUCACCAGCCUUCUUUCAAUAAUAACCACCGUAGCAUUUCCAAGCAAUUACAAAACUGUGGCGCUGAUUUACUUCUCAAUUUCACUUGCGACUCUCGUCUUAUGUGGCGUAUCGUUGAUAUACGUCACACGACUCAAAUUCUACAAGUUCUACGUGAGGAAAGGAGAAUUGAGUCGUAUCGCCGAACAUUCUACUCGGCCCAGUUUACGACAGUUCUACGAGACUUUCAAAGGCGUGCGUAUUACUAUACUUCUGAACAGUUUUGCCGCAGUUUAUGAUGUGGGGAGCAGAGGUCCCCAAGGGACUGAGAAGAGCUUUCCAGUGAUUCCGAAUCGCUUCUAUAGCUGUUCUUUCGCUAAAUUAGCCCUAUACUUUAGUGCUGGAUGCAAUUACUCAGUAUAUUUCUGGUAUUCUUCGUCACGCUCUCCGUGUUUCCCACCAUACUCGCAGGUACUACGCCUAAUCGAAAAGGGGAACCCUGGAACAGCGCCAUUUCAAAGGACCUGUAUCCCGGCCUCACAACAUUCCUCAACUUCAAUCUCUUCGCAGCAAUCGGCUCAUCAACCGCUAAUUUCAUACAAUUCGUGA